ACCUCGCCAACUCGUUCUUACCCAAAAAUUAAGAAAGACCAAGUGUUAAAUCUCUCUUUCUCUGUCUCACCCAAGUGUUUUCCGCAUAAUUCGGAUCCUCUUACUCUUCAUCUUCUUCCUUUGUCAUUUCUGCUUUGAUUUUAUUGAUUUACCCUAAAAUUUGUUUCUUAUAGUUGCAGAAACUUACUUAAUAUUGAAACUUCCCAGAAAAUCACUCACUUUCUUGGUUGGUGGCUCACCAACACGUUACUCUUUUUCCUUCCUUUUUUAUAUAUAUAUUUUUUCUUUUCCCCACACGGUCUCAUUUGGAUUAUUACACGAAGAUGGUGGUGAAACUUCCUUGGUGUUUUCGUUGCUUUUAUAUAGCAAUAUCUCAUUAAAGAUUCGUAGAUUCGUCGUAGUUUCUGUGUUUGCUGCCGAAGCUUAUAUUUGAAGGAGCGAAGCGUAACUGUCGUUUGUAUUGAAAAUCGAAAGAGAAAAACAGUAAGACAAUUAGGAAAGAAAGAAAUAGAGGAGGAUCGAGGAUGGAGAGCUUGCUGGACGAGGAUUUCACAGCUGUGAAAGCGAAGCACUCGACUGAUGAGGCGUUGCAGAGAUGGAGGGGACUCUGUAAGGUUGUCAAGAACCCUAAGCGGAGGUUCCGAUUCACUGCCAAUCUCUCUAAGCGCUAUGAGGCCGCCGCAAUGCGCCGCACCAAUCAGGAGAAGUUGAGAGUUGCAGUUCUGGUUUCCAAAGCUGCAAUUCAGUUCAUCCAAGGUGUUCAAGUAAGUGACUAUGUUGUACCUGAAGAAGUUAAAGCUGCUGGUUUUGACAUUUGUGCCGAUGAACUGGGAUCCAUUGUUGAAGGCCAUGAUCUAAAAAAGCUAAAAUUUCACAGUGGUGUAGCUGGUGUUGCAGACAAACUCUGUGCAUCAACCACAAAUGGUCUCACCACCGAUACUGAUAAGCUGAAUCGCAGACAGGAGAUUUUUGGAAUCAAUAAAUUCACUGAAAGUGAUGCACGCAGUUUUUGGGUAUUUGUUUGGGAAGCCCUUCAAGACAUGACUCUUAUGAUCCUUGGUGUGUGCGCAUUUGUCUCUUUGAUAGUUGGCCUAGCAAUGGAAGGAUGGCCGAAGGGGGCUCACGAUGGUCUUGGAAUAGUUGCAAGCAUUUUGUUGGUUGUAUUUGUCACAGCAACAAGUGAUUAUCGACAAUCCUUACAAUUUAGAGAUUUGGACAAAGAGAAGAAGAAGAUAUCCAUUCAAGUUACAAGGAAUGGAUAUCGGCAAAAAAUGUCAAUUUAUGAUCUCCUGCCUGGUGAUAUUGUACAUCUUUCCAUUGGGGAUCAAGUCCCUGCAGAUGGGCUCUUUCUUUCAGGAUUUUCUGUCGUAAUUGAUGAAUCAAGUUUGACCGGAGAGAGUGAGCCAGUGAUGGUGAAUGCUGAUAAUCCAUUUCUUCUAUCAGGAACUAAGGUCCAAGAUGGAUCAUGCAAGAUGUUGGUAACCACAGUUGGAAUGAGAACCCAAUGGGGUAAGUUGAUGGCAACACUUAGUGAAGGAGGAGAUGAUGAGACCCCACUGCAGGUUAAACUGAAUGGGGUUGCAACCAUUAUUGGAAAGAUAGGCCUUUUCUUUUCUGUCGUGACUUUUGCAGUUUUGGUGCAAAAAAUGUUUGUCCGUAAACUGUAUGAGGGAACCCACUGGAGCUGGUCUGGAGUUGAAGCAUUGGAGAAUUUGGAAUACUUUGCUAUUGCUGUCACAAUUGUUGUUGUUGCAGUUCCUGAGGGGCUACCUUUGGCUGUGACAUUGAGCCUUGCCUUUGCCAUGAAGAAGAUGAUGAAUGAUAAGGCUCUUGUCCGCAAUUUAGCUGCUUGUGAGACAAUGGGUUCUGCCACUACUAUUUGCAGUGACAAAACUGGGACACUAACUACCAACCACAUGACUGUCGUGAAAUCAUGCAUUUGUAUGAAUGUCAAGGAAGUGAGCAAAGCCGGUGCUUCUGAUUUGGGCUCUGAAAUCCCGGAUUCUACAUUAAAACUUUUGCUACAGUCCAUAUUUAAUAAUACUGGUGGGGAUGUUGUGUUUAACAAAGAAGGUAAACGUGAGAUAUUGGGAUCACCAACUGAGACUGCUUUAUUGGAGUUUGGCUUGUCACUUGGUGGAGAUUUCCAGGCUGAGCGAAAUGCUUCUAAGCUUAUUAAAGUUGAGCCGUUUAACUCUGAGAAGAAACGGAUGGGAGUGGUGUUGGAGCUUCCUGAUGGAGGUAUGAGAGCCCAUUGCAAAGGUGCUUCUGAAAUAAUUUUGGCUGCCUGUGACAAGGUGGUCAAUUCAAACGGUGAGGUUGUUCCCCUCAAUGAAGCUUCCAUUAACCAUCUCAAGGAUACAAUAGAUCAGUUUGCUAAUGAAGCUCUUCGGACUCUAUGUCUUGCCUAUGUGGAACUGGAAAAUGGAUUCUCCGCUGAUAAUCCUAUACCAGUUUCAGGAUAUACUUGCAUAGGAAUUGUGGGUAUCAAAGAUCCUGUUCGACCUGGUGUGAAGGAGUCAGUUGCACUUUGUCGUUCAGCUGGUGUUACUGUCCGGAUGGUUACAGGAGACAACAUAAAUACCGCAAAGGCUAUUGCUAGGGAAUGCGGGAUACUUACCGAUGACGGUAUUGCCAUAGAAGGUCCUGAUUUUCGGGAGAAGAGUCUAGAGGAAUUGCUUAAACUAAUCCCCAAAAUUCAGGUGAUGGCCCGAUCUUCACCUCUAGACAAGCAUACAUUGGUAAAGCACUUGCGAACAACAUUUGGUGAAGUUGUUGCAGUGACUGGUGAUGGAACUAAUGAUGCCCCAGCACUUCAUGAAGCCGAUAUUGGACUUGCAAUGGGCAUAGCUGGAACUGAGGUGGCUAAAGAGAGUGCUGAUGUCAUUAUUCUGGAUGAUAAUUUUUCUACAAUUGUGACCGUGGCCAAAUGGGGGCGCUCAGUCUACGUAAACAUUCAGAAGUUUGUGCAGUUCCAGUUGACUGUUAAUGUGGUUGCACUAAUUGUGAACUUCUCUUCAGCUUGUUUGACAGGAAGUGCUCCUUUGACGGCUGUUCAGCUUUUGUGGGUCAACAUGAUUAUGGACACGCUAGGAGCACUUGCGCUAGCAACUGAGCCUCCUAAUGCUGAAUUAAUGAAGCGAGCACCAGUUGGAAGGAAGGGAAAUUUCAUCAGUAAUGUUAUGUGGAGGAAUAUCUUAGGGCAGUCCCUGUAUCAGUUCAUGGUAAUAUGGUUUCUUCAGGCAAAAGGGAAAGCAAUAUUUAGCCUCGAUGGCAGCGAUUCUGAUCUGGUCCUUAACACGCUUAUUUUCAACUCCUUCGUCUUCUGUCAGGUGUUUAAUGAAAUAAGCUCCAGAGAGAUGGAGAAAAUAGAUGUUUUCAAAGGCAUACUUGACAACUAUGUUUUUGUGGUGGUUCUCAGUUGUACGGCCUUUUUCCAGAUCAUAAUCAUUGAGUACCUUGGUGCAUUUGCAAACACAACACCCCUCACUUGCGCGCAAUGGUUCCUCAGCAUAUUUAUCGGAUUCUUAGGCAUGCCAAUUGCAGCGGGCUUAAAGAUGAUCCCUGUGGACACGUAACUCAGAAAAUGCUGAUUUUGGAAUUAAAAGCACAAUCCUCUGCCUGGUAAAAUAGCUCUAACUUCCCUAUUCUGAAGCGAAAGAUGUUAUUGAACAUGAAGGAUGAUGUGCCAUUACCUUGUUUGACUAGAAGACUUGAAAUGAAAAUUUGGAAUCUUAUUACCACCAUUUUUGGUUUGCUUUGUAACAUUCGAAAUUCCCUUUUUAUUUUCUUAAGUUUUCUUAUCAACCAGGCAGAGCAUAACCAAAACUGGGGCUGGGGAUCUCCAUGCUAAGCUGCAAAAUGUUAUCAUUUUUAUAAGCAUUUUUUAAAUUAAACUCAGGAGGGUGAGGGCAGGGUUGCUCUCUCUCUCUCUCUCUCUCUCUGAAUUUCAACUUUGUUCUUAACUCUAUUUGCUUACUGACAUGUAAUUGUUUUGUAAAACAAUGACAAGUAGCUUUUUUAUGUACAGUUUUUGUAAUUUUGCAAUUCUGUCUUGAAAUGUGGUAUUUCUAUUAGGGUGCAGAGACAAAAUUUUAUGUCUGUUAAUAUAUAGUGAUAGUGCGAAUUGUUGCUAGACCCCAUUGCUGAUUCUCAGGAAAGAAAAAGAAAAGGAAAAUGAAAGUUGUUUUCUUUUUCUGUGUGUUCAGUUGAAGGAAAAUGCAUGUCGUACCGUACUGUUUCUGUGGAGGAAAAAUUUUCCUUCAAAUCUUUUCCUAUAAAAAGUAGAAUGAUGCAUUGCGUGAAAGUUUAAAUUGUUAUUGUUCUUAAAAAAAAAUUUCCCCGUCUUUUAAUUUUUUUAUUUCAUAAAACAUUUUCCUGUACAGUCUUGGAGACAAAUGAACAGAGCCAUAAGUCAUGACACCUGGUAGAGUGCUGGAGACGAACUUUUGUCAGAUUUGUUGUGUCUUUUAUUCAUUUGUUUUAUUUUCUCUUUGAUAUUUAUUUUGUAUGAUCAUUGUAUAUAAAAUACCAUUUGAAAUUUGUGA